UUCCCCACCUUUGGACGACGAACUUGUGGAUCACAUUUUUGGCGAAACAGCGAAGCGAUCCGAGGCGCUGCUCGAUCGAGGAAUUCGCCGUCCACUUCCUGGGACUUAUCAGAUCGCAAACCGAAGACUUCACCAAAUGCCCGCCAUCGGUCUGCGAUACACCGAAGAAAAUUCUUCCAUCGUCAGCAGCGACCGCCGCCUGCAAUAGGAAACUGUCAAUCACAUCGACAACCAAUCUGACCUGCACCGCUGACACCAACAAUGUUCCCAUAUCGCAAUCAAUUUCCAUGACAGCAACUAAUGAAACACCAACGACGACGAAGGGAACAGCUCAAUUACAAACUACGACGACUUCCGCUGGUCUGAAAGACGAUACGGGUGGGAGCAGCGAAGGUCACCCAGCCGGAAAUCGCUCCCUACCGGAGAGACGAACGGCAAUCUCACGUGAUUUAUUCGUCGCAUCCCCAUCGACGACGUCAACAACGACCCCCGCGGAAGACGACUUUCAGGCGGGCUUUCGAAAGCUUGACCACGAUGUCCGGGCGGUUGCAUCUGCUGUCCCAUCUGCUGCUGCAGGUGAAGGAUGCAAUCAAUCGCAGUCCAAAAGUGCAGCAGCUGCAACACAAUCGUCGUCGGAUCGGACAGCUGUUGCAGUCGGAUCGCUUGCCGGAGAGGCCAUUUCGUCAUCGGCGGCUGGACGGAGCGAUAUCGCCAGACGCAGUUACGAAAGAAUCGAAAACGAAAACUCCACUGCCACAUCUUUUAUAGAUGCACCAUUUAGCCCCAUUCCAAGCACCGCUAGACAGAGCAUUUUGCAGCAAGACAGAGGUGACGCCGCUGGCAGCAGCACUCCCAUUCGCAGCCAAAAUGCAAAACAGGGUCCAUAUCAGCUUAACACCAGCACACCAGUCAUUCAUCUAGGAAGUCGCUCAGGUAAAGGCUCACGUAACUCCUGGGCCAUGGAUUGCUCAACUCCCAACAAUAGCACACAACCGUUGGCGGGUAACGGUUCUCGUUAUGACUCACGACGAAGUCACGACCGAUCCUUCGGCAGCAACACCAACACUAGCCGCCAGACCAGCUCACCUUGCUUAGGUGACUUCAUUACCCAUUCGCUAAAAUCGAAAUCGCGAAAAUCAACUACUGCCAGUGCGAAUAACAGUAAAGAUACUAGCAGUAAGGCGAACUCACUUUUUGUGGAGAAUGACUUUCCGGGACUGCAAGCCUCGAUGCAGUCGUCGACCCCCGGAAAUGAGCAACAACAGCAACCGAAUAGAAACAAAAAGCGAGUGACACCAAUCACGGUCAGUAAGACACUCACCAGUCGACUUGGGGCAUCCAGUUUUGAGCUAGAUAAUUCAGUCAGCCCAACAGAGGGAAAGUCCAAGCGGAGAAUCGUCCCUACCAUACUGAGUAGGUCGACCGCAAGCAGACACGAUUUCAACAGCUCGUCCUUCAAAUCGGAUAACAAUCUCAUUAACUUGACUGAGGACAGCUUGGAAUUGGACCUUUCCCAGAAGGACGAACGUGGCUUACUACGGAAUUAUAAGGAUAUCAUAAAAAGCAAUUUUGAGAGUGCUGAAGAGCAGAACCCGGAUACUGGCAAAAAACUUCAGACUGUCCUUCGAAACACCUUCAACACGCCACGAAAGUUGUCCGAGAGCGCAAAUAUAAAUCCCAUUCGUAUCGAUUUAAGCCGCGUAACGAAAUCGAUUGCAAUAGACCGGCUGGUUGCCGUUUACUCACUUCUUAUCGACCUCAAUCUCACGCCAAACAUCCUGUCGGAGCUAUCGUAUUUAAUCAACUUAGUUAACACUGAAUUUGAUCCGUUCGAAUCAAUGAUUCCCAUCGAAAACGGAGAAACCGAUUACCAAAACCUGUUGAAGAACCUCAACAAUUGUGUUUACUUUGCGAUGGAAGUGCUGAACCGACAAAAAGUCCUCCUCGCGCUCCUGGACAGCAUCACGCUUAAGGUGCUGAUUGAAAAUGAACGUAUUGCCAACUUGAACCAACAGCUUCAUUGCUAUUUGAAGGAAAUUCACGGCCAGAAGCUUCAGCUCGAUAGUAACGGGCAGCGGCUGUUGGAUGCUUCAGCAAAAUUCUCCAAUGCCUCUUUCGGUAGCAACGUGCUCUAUCAGCAGGAGGCCGAUACCAAGGAGCACUUCCCAUCAGACAAGGAAUUUGGGGCAUUCAAGAAGCAACGGGAUGCCUUCUGCACGAUAUACAGGACGUGGGAUUUCAAACAUCUGAAUCCAACGUGGAACUUUUUGGCGGAGCUCGGAGGGAAGGUGCGUUCCCUGCUGGCCAUCAUGGAACAUCCGAUCAAUAUGGCUCAUCUGGCGAAACUCUUCGCGGCACAGCUUGUCCAGUCCUGCAACUUUGACAACGCAGCCUCGGAACUGGCGAUGGAUCUGCCGAAUGUGGACCCGGCCAAGUUGGUCAAGUUGCGGCAGCGCUUGGUUGCCCCCAGCCAAUUCUCCACCCAGUAUCUGUUCCCCGGAAGUCAGGCGUUUUUCCGUGAUUUUAUCAUUGCCAGUGAGAGCAACCAAACGUUCAUCGAGCAGCUGAAGGCCGUGCUGAUCCACGAACUGCUCGAAAUGAACGGCUCCUCGUACGAGGUGCUCAAUGUGUCCAGCUCAGAUAAUCAGCACGAUUGCGAAUAUGUGGUACGGCCGGAAUCGACGACGACGAUGCGUGUUCUGGCGAAAUUCAUCGGCUACAUCAUCUCAAGGCCAUUCAGCUACGACAGCUACCGGAACACCACGGUAGACAAUAGGCAGAUCCAGCUCCGCAAUACGCUCUUGCCUUUGUUCGACGUGAAAUCGAUUUUGCUGAGUGCCAUAGCAGAACGGAAGCUGAUUAUCACCGUACCUUGGCUGGUUCAAUAUUUGGCCAUGCUGGAUGGUAUUAGUCUCCGCUUGAGCUACUACAAGGACCUGUUCGAUGUAUUGUAUGAACUUUACCUGAGGACGAACGCUUACGAGAUGGCAUCCGAGAGGAGGCUGUUAGUGACACCCACUUCCAAGUUUAUCAUACGAGCUUGCCUAGGUUGGCUGUUUGAGCAUCCCAAUAUACCAGAAGAGUACCUCAGCUAUCGCCAAGGGAGGAGAUCUUUGCUAUCAGUUGAUGAAAAGCUGCAAAACUACAAAAAGAUUGAAUUACUUAUUGAGAAAACUACUGCCGAAGAAAUGGAGAUUAACAAAGCUUUGAUCCUAACAAAGGUUGACGAGCAGUCCGGGGGGAUUCUGAAAUGUGAAAUCAAACCAGCAAAGGAUGUAUCUAAUGAACCUCUUGCCUUAUUCAAAGCAGACACAACGACGAACAAAAGCGAACGACUCCCACUCAACCCACUCCUAGAAAACAUUCUAAAUGCGGCCUGCCCUUUCCUAGCCGAUUUCCGCGUCUCAAUGAUGCCAUCAAAGGUCGAGAAAACUGUCUCUCGGUCCGGACGUUAUCGUCACAUAACAACGAAAUACUCGGGAGUGUCCACCAUUGCUGCCCAGCAGAAAACAACCAACAAUCAACAUCGACUGCUUGAAGCCUUCUUGCAGUCACAGAGCUUGUCCGUUCGCCGUACCGUCGAAUUCGUCAUCGAAAGGACUUCAUCCGCUGCCGUCAAGGACUUCCAGGUGGCUCAUCUUCUUCCGAAACGUAAAAAAAUCACGGAGCAGAUUGCCACCCUGCAAGCGGAAUCCAUCCCUCAGGCGACGAAGCAAAUUUACAUGAUAUGCUCCGCAGCACUCGCCGACAUCAACGCCAGAUGGGACGAGAAAAUCCCACCAAUGCUCGCCCGCCGAAUCAAGGAAGGAUUUGAUGCAUUGCUCCCGAGUGAGACCCUGGAGCCGGUGAAACGAACGUGCAUCAAUCUUGCACUGGAACGGUGCCUCGUCAAGACGAACGAAUGGCGCCAGACGCAUAUGCUCGAAAUCGAUCUGUUCUGCAAAGACAUCCCCGGAGAAGCUUCUAAAGCCGUUAAGGACCCACUCAACAAACAAUCCCUUCCUGUGGCACCGUUAAUCGUGGCAUUGGAUCGAGUGCAGCACACCGUCGUGUACGAGCAACUCCAGACCAUGAUUCACAUUGCCAGCUCGUAUCCGGAAGAGCUUACCCCGGAAGAUUUAACCAGAUUCCUUACCCUCGUGAUGACAUACCUGGACGAGCAGGAUACAACCCAAUCGAUGAACCGUACGUUGGCGUACAUGCUGCUGCAGUUGGCCCUACUGAUAGUUAUCAACCGAUGUGAUCUAAUUGUACCUGAGAUAGUACAAAUGCUGUUGUCCGUUUGGCAGCACCGGAAAUUGAGUGAGUUCUGUGUUGUUCCCGAAUCGUUUAAUCACGCCAAUGAGGAUGAUGAGAUAUCAAAACUUGUGCUGGGCAAUAGCACUGCCACAGAAGAUGCCGAGCGGUCCAUCGUGGAUGAAGAAGAUAUCAUGCGUAUUAGACAAAGGAAGCAGCAGGAAGAUACCAACUACAUCUUUUCGACGCUGGUGAGCAACCGUUGCAUCCGGAUGAUGGCCGCCCGAGGUGUGGACGACGUGUUUGCAUGCUUUGCUAAUUUCAUCAACAGUUUGGUUGACUGUAAUCUGAUCAGCAUCCGGCUAUUGAACGAGCAAUUUAUAAAAAUAUUCAACGAAAGCUGGCAACAGCACACCCUGGAGCGCGUUUCCCGGUUGAUGGAAGCCGUCCUACGUGGUGGCCAUCAGUCAGCGGCACAAGGACACCUGCCCGGACGGAAAGCGGACGAUUCGCACUCGCAACUCUUCCUGGAAAUGCUCUCGGAUUUAGCCCGGGAUAUCGAAGACUUUUGAUGGUUGUUGUGUUGCCGCACUCCCAUUCCACUCCACAACCAGAAGAAUAGAGGGCGCGAAUGGUGUAGGUGAGACGAUGAAUACACGGGUAAAGUAUUACUGUAUGAAGAAGUUUGAAUGGAUCUGUACCGUUAGGAAAUAUUGAUGUUUGGCGUAAUUAUACGCAAGUUUUAGUUUCUUUUUUAUUUUUUGUUCGUUUAGCUUCAUUUCAUUUCUUAAACAUUUUGACAUUAUUAAUUUUUCAACAAAGUUAAAAGUUUGUUACAUGUUCAACGCAUCACUUGACACUAUGUUAAUUUUGACGUUUUAUAAUACUGAUAAAAUAAAAGACAUCACAUUGCUCAA